UUUUUGGGGCAGUAGAUUUAUUUUAUUUUUGGGGCAGUAGAUGUAUUUUUAUUUUUGGGGUAGUAGUUUAUUGGUUUUGGGGCAGUAAAUUGCAUGUUUUUUCUUUCAUUUAUCUCUAUUUCUCUUAUAUAUCAUUUUCUUCUUCUUCUUCUUCUUCUAUUUUUCUCCUCUCCUCUCCUCAUCUCUUUUGCGUUUUUGAAUCUAUAUUUUAGAUAUUUUGGGUUUAUAAUUAAAUUUUAAUAUAUUUUUAAUAAAUAUGCCUUCAAAAGAUCGUCAAAAGCGCAAAAAUCGUCGGCUAAGACAUUUAGCUGACCCUAACCCAAACUGCUCUCUUCAGAGCACUGAUCAGGAUGUCCAACCAGAGCAUUCUGAUCAGAAUCUUGAUCUGGGAAACCAAAACUGCUCUCUUCAGAGCAAUAUAUCUCUCAACCCGCUUCAGGGUGGUGAAUCAUCUUCUCUUCCUUCUUCUUCUCUUCAUGAUCAUUCUUUUCAUUUUAACUUUGAUAAUGUAAAUAUUUUUGAUGCAACUGUUGACCCGGGUCCUCCUCUUACUCCAACAACCCCACUCACCCCUUUUUCCCUUACUUCCGAGGCCGUUGCGCCAAGGAAACAGAGGAAGACUAGAGAGUCCUCUGUUGACACUGAAAGUUUAUUGUCCUCAAUUGAUUCUUCGUCUGUUUUUUCUUCCCGUGCAUCCUCUCCAAAUAAUUCUAUUGCCACUAAACGUGGUCGCCCUAAAAAGAAAACGAGAGGAACCACGGGAAGACCCAAGAAACAACCUCAACCUCCUCAACCACCCCAGGUUCCCAUGGUUCCCACUAUUAAUUUUGAAAAUUUACCUUUACUUAAUUUUGCAACCCAAAAAACUAAUGACCCCGGGGCAAUUUGUAAUAGGGCUUUCAUGGAACUUCGUGAUGAAGAUAAUGAUAGGGCUCCCCUUCGUAUAGAAACACUCUGGAAUAAUUUAACAGAGUUUUUCGAUGGCUCUGAAAUCUAUGGAUUUCUCUGCUAUUUGUCCCGACAUUGCCAUAGAUACACCGUUGUAGUUGACUCAAAUGUCAUUAUUCCUCUUCUUAUGAAUCAGAAUGUCCAAGACAUUCCAGAGGAAGAUUUCGUAGACCGGUGCUAUGGUUUUAUCCCAGGCCAAGUGCCUGAGAUAAUCCUUUUCCCCCUUAACUUCCCAAAUCACUGGACCUUAGUAGUUUGGGAUGCCUCUGAUAAUAGAGGAUUUUUUAUUGAUUCCCUCUUUUUCCCCCUUCAAUCACGAUUGCAUGGUGAUCAAAGGAUUCCUAUUAUUCAUUCUUAUAUUAAUCGUAUGACUAAUAUUCCUAUUAAUAAUAUUCAUAUUAACGACUAUCCCACUAAUUUAUAUACCCGCCAAACUGAUGGGAACAGUUGCGGGUACUUUACCUGUUUAUAUGCCGAAGCAUGGCUUUUUAACAAUCGUAAUCUUAUUUUUAAUAAUCUUAAUAUUAAUACCGAAAAACGUAGAAUACUUUGGCACGUUAAUAACCUUUUUAAUGGGGAUAAUUUUGUGUACCACCCUCGCCUUCAACAUGUCAUCGAACAUGUAGCCCCCCCUCAACAUGUCAUCGAACAUGUAAUUCCCGACGAAGGGGUGGUUGUACCCAACUAUCCCUUUGUGUUCUUAGAACCCGACCCUCCCUCCAAAAAUUUGCGCCGUUCCGAGCGUAUUAAGUCCAAGAAGGAUGCUACACCAGCACCUUCUUCCGUUACUUCCCCACCACCUUCCUCCUCAUCCAACCCGAUUACCAGUCGUUGUACUCGUAAUCACCCCUUAUGGCCCUGUGCUGAUGUUCGAUCCCAGCAUACUACAGAUUAUUAUGACUCGGGCAACCUCGGGGAUUCUAUUUGUUAUUAUUGUUGGGCUUUAUUAUUUAAUUCCGAAGUUAACAAUGAACAUAAAAGAACAUUCAAACGGGUUACCUCCUCCUUCUGUUGUAAAUGUGGCAAAGUUACCCUCCCAGCCUACACUGAACAUCCCCCAUUAUUAAAAAACUUAUUAAGAUCUGAUACCCCUCAAUCUAAGGAAUUUCUUAAGAAUGAAAAUAUUUAUAAUAGUUUAUUAGCCUUUGCCUCCAUUUCCGUUGGGCACCAAGAUUCCUCCCAUCAUGGUAGUGUUUGUUUUAUGUUAAAUGGAGAGUUUUCUCGCCGUAUUAGUUCAAUGUUCCCGGGCCCUCUUACCCCUUCCUUUUCUCAAUUGUAUAUUCUGGAUGCUAAUGAAGCUCUGGAUAUACGUACCCAAAACACCCAAUAUGGGGGAGAUCGUGUAAAUAAGAAAACUCUCCAGGACUUAGACACCCUCCUUAGGACCACCCAUCCCUUUGCAAUUAAUUUUAAAAACUUUCAUACUCAGUAUGAAAGCAUCCUGCAACAGGAUGGCCCCGAUGCUGUGAGAAAAUUUCGAUUUACUCUUCUGGAGGAGCGAAAUGUGCCUGCAGCUAUUAGAGAUCCAAGAGACCAUCCUCGUCAAGUAAAUUUACCUGACGAGAAAGCAAUGUUCUCUAUUUGGACUGAGUCCACUGACCCUCCUUUAUUAAAAGGUAUUUAUAUUACUGAUCUUCAAGGAUCUUUAUUUGAAAUUCCCGCUUAUCACCCUACCACAGACACCCUUACUUAUCCACUGUUAUUUCCUAAUGGGGAUGAUGGGUUCCAUGAAAAAUAUCCUUUUAACACUAAUAAAAUUCCUCCCAAAUCAAUUAAGGACCACUCGGAGGAUUUAAGAUCCGAUGAUGAGCUUGAAGAACCCACUACCUCUAAAAAAUGGAUCUCCCUCCGGGAUUAUAUUCGAUAUCGUCUUGCUAUUCGCAAGGACGAGCCACUGCACAACAUUUGGAGUGCAGGUGGUGGCCUUUCUCAAAAAUUUACUCUUGACUACUCAGCUCGAAUUGAUGCUGAAGUAGCAAGUUUCUUACGCCAGCCCCGAUUUAACCUUCUUAAGACUGUCCCCCCAACAAUUCUUAAACACUUGGCUAAUGACGGCCGACUGAAAUCAGUCGACGACAUUACAAGUGUAGUAUUCUUUCGUAGAUAUCAUCCUGGGACCCGGCCCUACUUCCAAGACAUGUUUUACGAUGCCACAACAAUUAUGUCUCGCACGAGACAAAAGGGUUGUGCAUCCUUCAUGUUGACAUUUACUUCCAAUCCCAACUGGCCCGAAAUUAAACGUAACUUCCUCCAUAAAAACCAAAAAUUAGUUGACCGUUUUGAUGUAAUGUGUAGAGUCUAUGAAGAUAAGAAAAGAAAAUUAACCGACCUUAUUAAUAAUAAACACAUUUUGGGGAAAAUACUCGGUUAUGCCCAAAGCCGUGAAUUUCAAAAAAGAAUCGGCGGCCCCCAUCUUCAUAGAGUCUACACAACUGACUUAGAAGCCACCCCCGAAAAUAUUUCUAAUAUAAUCUGGGCCCACAUUCCUCCCAACCCACCCGAUUCAGAUACUUCUGAUUGGGCGAACUUUCUUCGGAAAGUUCGUGACCUCAUUCCCAAAUUCCAAGUCCAUGACUGUGGUUCUCACUGCAGAGGGCAUGAUGGGCGAUGUAUGAAGCAUUUCCCAAAGGCCUUCUCCAGGCAGACCAUUAUACACGCAAAUAGGCCCGCGGAAUAUUAUCGUCCCAGUCCUGAAGAUGGUGGUGAAGUCCUUAGUGUUCCACGCGGACAAGCCAUCAUCAAAUACGAUAAUUCUCGUAUUGUCCCCUAUAAUCCUUUCAUAAUGGUUAUGUUCCAAUCCCACCAUAACUUGGAACUUGCCUACGGUCAAACUGAUAACCUUAAAUAUGCCCUAAAGUACCCCUUCAAAGGCCCAAGUUUUUCUUAUAUUAAAAAUACAGCCGGCACCAUUAAUAUAGAUGAACCCGCCCAAUAUGCCAAGAUGCUUUAUCGAAGUCCAGCUGAGGCAUUUUCUCGAAUCCAAUCAUAUAAAUAUGCUGACCUUUCCCAUGCAGUAAUCCCCCUUUCUAUCCAUUUACCCGGUAACCAACCUGUUUUUAUGACUCCCGCUUCCCGUAAUCAAAUUAUAGCUGAUGUUGGCCAGGGCAAAUACCCGGAAUCCAAAUUAACUGCUUAUUGGAAAUUAUGGGCUAAGGAUAACAAUGUUAAAAAUAUUCUAUUUGAAAAUCUUCCCGAAACAUAUGCCUUUCAUGACGAUACUAAAACUUGGGAACCCCGCAAACAUUCCACUGUAAAAGGUCAGCCUGUUUUAGGACGCAUUUAUACUGUUUCCCCCCGUGAGGACCCUGAAAAAUUCGCCCUUUACGUUCUUACUAAGCACUUCCCUGGGGACCCCGACCACUUAUUAACUGUGAACGGUAUAAAGUACACCACUUUUGCCGAAGCAGCCCGACAACGCGGCCUCUUUGAAGAUAGUUCCUUCCACAGAUGA